AUGCACUGUACACUCGCAUUCACGCCAAACGACUGGAUGGCAUCCAACCAGGGCAACUACCUGGCUUCUGAUCGCGUCAGAGGCGGCGCAGAAAGACUCAGGAUGGAGAGUGUCCGCCUGUGUAGUGAGUACGACGACAAGACCAAGCGGGCCCAGGCUGAAGUUGGAAAACGGCUCGGAGAAAGGAUAGGCGAUAUCAAUUUCUGGAAGACAGAACUGAAUCACGAGAUUGAUUUGAUGAUCACUGAAACAAAUGCUUUGAACGAGGCCAAACGAAUUCUGGAGAAGAACCUGGCGGAGACAGAAAAUCCACUGCAUAUAUCACAGGAGUGUUUGUACAACAGAGAGAAGCGGCAGUCUAUAGAUUUGGUACAUGACAACCCGGAGAAAGAACUCAUUCGGGAGAUUGACCUCAUCAAACGUUGUCAGGAGAGGAUGCGGAAUACUAUAGAUAGAGCCAACGUGCAGCUGGGACUCAACAGGGCUGCUCAACACGAACUGGAGAGAGAUGCCGGCGAUAAGUUCAUUGCCGAAAAUCUGGAUACUACCAGCCAUUUGCUGAGGAAUACUAGUAGAGGUAUUGCCUAUCAUGAUGGAGUCCACAGGAUCAACAACACCAUCAGCGUGCCUGAAACUUGGGCUAAGUACUCAAAUGACAACAUACAGAGGUCUCAGGCCGAACGGCUGGCAUCCAAAAACAUGCGGAAUGAAAUAGAAAGUGUUAUCAACACUUGUAACAACGAAAUGUGGAUGCAAUGGAAUGCCGCCAAUACUGCUUUGAACAAUCGCGUUCAGGAAACGACAGAUGCCAGAAACAAGAUACAGGCACAUCUCAACAAAACGCUCCAAGAGGUUUAUGAAAUGGAAAAGAACAUUGAACUUUUGAAGAAGUCCAUUCAUGACAAAGAAGCGCCCAUGCAGGUGGCACAAACACGCCUGGAUACAAGACUGAGAAGACCAAAUGUAGAAUUGUGCAGAGAUUCCGUGCACAACAGACUAGUGCAGGAAGUUGGUGAACUCACCGACACCGUGGAUCACCUCCAGCACAAACUGAGAGAAGCAGAAAAUGCCCUCCAGGCUCUGCUGAGAACAAAGGGCGCUCUGGAACAAGACUUGUCCAUUAAGAACAACACUUUGUUUAUCGAUAGAGAAAAGUGUUUGGCCAUGAGAAAAACGUUUCCCAUAGCCCCACGUUUGGUCGCUGUGGCUUAA